AACUAUAUGAGAACAUUUGUUCAUCGGGGAACAGGCGCAGAACACACAGUGCUCAUGCCUCAUUAUCAUAGAUGAGGUGUAAGAUGAAGAUAUUUGGAGUGGUAUUGUUAUUAUUUAAUCAUAUUUUGUCGGGCACAAGUCAAGAAUCCUUUGAAGUUCAGCAUAUCGAGGACUGUCAUUUGACACAGUUUUUCAGCACCACUACCUACCAAUGUACGGAAUGCGGCAAGUUUCAAGUUCAUUCAAAAGAUGGACUUGAGUGUGUCUGUGAGCCUGGCUACUGGCAGACAUACGAGUCAGUCUCUGGCCAACUGUCAUGUGUUGGUUGCCCUCCUGAGCAUGUCACCUCCAAAGAUGGCCUGGACUGCAUUCGUUGUGAGUCCCCGCUGGCCUAUGAUGCCACCACCAAGACCUGCACACCAUGCCCAAAUGGCACAGUGCAAGUGGAGCUGACGCCCAACGGGACGCGGCGCGCGCGCGGCUGCCUGCGCUGCGGCGCCGAGGCGGAGCCGGCCGCCGACGGUUCCGCUCAGUGCCACCGGUGCGACCGCUCGCUGCUGGCGGCGUCCGGCUCGUGCCGCUGUCCGGACUCGCACCUGCUGCUGUCGGGCGUCUGCCUGAGCUCCUCCCAGCUCAACCAGGUGCCCGCUGAGGCCUCCAUGUACACCAUCGACUUCGAGGACGGCACGACCAUCGACUCUGCGUUUUUCCGCCGCCACAGUCGCGCCGCCGCCUUCCUCUGUCGAUUCCGUCACAACAUAUCGGCGUGCCACCUGCUGGCCAACCUCUGCGCGAUCACCAUGUACUCGGAGCGGUCGGCGGCGGCGCCGUGCGGCCAGCUGCGCCAGCUGGCCUCGGGUCGCCAGCGACCGCCGGCUCCACACCUGCCCUGGCUGUUCUAUGAGGAGGACGAGGCGCCGACGGUGCUGAGCCGCAGCCGCAUCUCCCAGGAGUACACCGUGCAGCGAGACCUACAGAGCUCGUACCUGAACCUGACGGUGGCGCGGUUCAGCGCCGACGGUCGACUGCUGGGCCGGACACCGCUGGACUCUGUCCGCUCCAGCGUCUGUCCGCAGCUGUCGGCGGCUCUGCGCAGCGCCACCAGGUUCGGCUCUCGGUUCGAGCACACCUGUACACUGAGCGGCCGUGACCUUCUGGAAGCAGGUCCGCCCGAGUUCUUCGAGCUCUACCUGCAGUACCACGCCGACGAGGUAGAAUGGCUGUACGCCAUCCCCGUGCGCGUGCUCAACUACCGCAGAAACGGACGGUAUGUCAACCAGGCCGAGGACCGCCACCGCUGGCAGCUGGUGCACCGGUUCUUCCUGGUGGACGCUGUGUCUUCAGUACCGUCGGCGGGAACUGGCGAGCAGCCCGGGCCGCAGCUGGUCCAGUACGUGCGCGACGUUCACCUCCAGGUGGAGAUGCGCUCGGAGGCCGGCCGGCCCGGUCGGAUCGCCCCGCCGCUGCUCACCCUCGGCUACGGCCUGGUACCGGCGGAGCGGGCGGCCGCCGGCGGCCUCCCCGUCCGGGUGCGCGUCAGCUACAGCGUGGACAUGUCGGAUGCACGGGAGCAGAUCGAGGUUGCCGUCGGUGUGAUGAGCGCCUUCGCCGUCGUCUGGGCCAUCUUCCGUACCUGGGCCUGGAGCAGCCGGAACGGAAAGACGGAGGUGGACGUCCCCACGCUGAUACACCUCCUGGUGUGCUGCUGCGGCAGCCUGGCCAACGUCUUCCUCCUGGUGAUGUUCUGCACCUGCUUCUACUGGUUCAUAUUCUUCAAGCGCCAGGAGGUGGCUUACAGCCUGCUACCGACGCCCGAGCAGGAACGCUUCGUGCGAGACAUCGUCAUCUCGGCAUUCGUCCUGAAGACAGCGGACGUUAUUUGGCUGCUGUGGCGUCAGGUGACCGUCAGUCUGUUCCUCCUCGACUGGGAGCGGCCCAAGGCUCGCUCGUCGCUGCCCCACCCGCAUCUGCCGGCCGGCGCCGACGGCUCGGGAACGUUUCAGGGUACCGACUCCUCGAUCCUGUCCCAGCCGGUGUUCUGUACUGAGUACGGCGGCACUCAACCGGUACAGGUGAGCAUCUGGCGCACCUACUUCAUUGCCAACGAGUGGAACGAGCUGCAGACCCAGCGGCGCAUAAACCAGACCUGGCAGCUGAUGAUGGUGCUCUUCGCGCUGGAGAUAAUCGGUUUUAUCGAUCUGGGCAGCGCGGAGCCGGACAGCGGGAUGUCGCUGGAGCCGGGCCAGCCGGCGGCGCCGCAGUCGUUCGUCUGCCGCUUCAGCGUCAUCGUGCUGACGUACGGCACGGUGACCGCCCUGCAGUGGAUGUUCAACGGUCUGCUGUACGAGCGGUUCGUGGAGAACAAGAUGCAGCAGUUUGUGGAUCUGUGCUCCAUCUCCAACAUCAGCCUGUUCAUCCUGUACGAGCGCAACUACGGCUACUACAUCCACGGCAGGUCGGUGCACGGUCACGCGGACGCCGACCUGUCGGGCCUGUACGAGCAGCUGCAGCGCGAGCAGGAGGACCUGUGCUCGCGGCGCGGCCUGGUGCCCGGCGCCGACCAGCAGACCUUCCAGCUGAUGCUGCCUAAUACCUUCCGGCUGCACUACGACGACCUGCUGGCGCCCAUGCAGCGGAAGUCGGGCGGCCACCCCGCUCAGCGUCCGUCGGGCGGCGCCGGAGACUCCUCCAGCGGCCCUCCUGCCGAGCAGCACCCCAGCAUCCAGGCAUACAACACCAUCAACAGGUUCCUGGCCGCAUUCAUCGAACACGCUAUCAAGGAACUGGACUACACGGUCAAGGAUAAGAAGUUUAUUGAAUCGAUGAUGGACAUUGAGUUUGCCGACCCGGACGAAAAAGGAGUCUUCUACAACGACGGCCGGCUGACGUUCGAGCGGGCCCUGCUGUACGGCCACGGUUGGGCGCUGGCUGUGUUCGACGUGCUGCUGUUCUGCUUCGUGGACCUGCUGUCCGGCAGCACCCUGCUGGCAGGAAUGGUCGUCUUCGUUACCGGAAAGAUGGUCGACGCCGCACGCUACUAUCUGGGCCGCCGCAACCUGGCCAAGAAGACACUGGUCGACGAGCGCUUCCUCAUAUGAGGGUCGUGGUGCGCGUAGUCUAGCCCGCCAACGCUUCAGCUUCCUAGCAGGCGGUUAGUCGUGAACAGCUAUCUAGGCGGCGGCUAGUUCUGUCCAGCUUCGUAGGAGAAAGGUGCAGCAAGGUAGGCGACUCGGUAGAGUGGUGUAGAAGACAUGCAGCUGAGCAGCGUGGCGUGAAACUGCAGUGCCUUUCCGACCCGUUGCCCCACUGCCACUGACAGUAGCUCAGGAGGGCACGGUCUGUAUCAGCUGGCAGACCGGCUGACCAUAUUCCAUGAUCUCGUACGCGGUAGUGAUGCGUAUUCCGUCCUAGUCAGUUACCUGAAUUUAACUUUGCUCUAGUCAGCGAUGGAUCUUGUCUGUAGUGCGGCCAGGUGUGUCCUCUGGAUGUAGCGCGCCUCUUGCGCAGCGAUUAGUGUGUUUGUAACGUGAAGUUUUAGUUUGUGUGUGCGUGGCGAGGGGCUGGCCACCGGGAACGAGCCCGUCCUUCGUCCGUCACGGGCUUCGCACAUUCGCCCUGAUGAAGUGAGGUGCAAGCCCUCGGAAAUUGUGCCGUCCUCGCGUGUUCUUGUCUGUUCACUCUUGUCACAUGAUUCCAUGUCGCAACUGAUGCCUUCCACGUGUUAUCUAGUCAGUUCAUUGCAUGCCACUAGCACUGGCACUGUACAAAUGGCGAAACCGUCCAAUGGUGCACUUAUAUUUCUCACGUGAGUGAUUUGAGCGUUAAUACACUUGCUCGUUCGUUA